UUAUGCUAUAUAUUAUUCUAUUAUUUGCAAAAAACAAAAAUAAAUUUCUAAGGAAAGAAUGAAAUAUUCAAUAUAGUUUAAUACGUUUAAUAUAUUUAUGCAUUCUUCUAUAGAAGAAUUGGAAGCACAAUACGGAAGCCUGUAGAGCUGCAACCCGCACAACAGAGGUGCAUAUUAUGGAAAAUAGAUCUACAGUGCGUCGGUCGUGCACUCUGUUUCAGCCUAACUCAACUAUCUCGCUCUCGCACUCAUUAAGUCGAUGCAGCGUCGGCAAAGAUCAAAGCUCGUCUUCUACAGAGGACCGCUUAAUACUGGGUGGCGAGUUAAGAGUGUCGUAAAAAUUAUUAACGGUCCCUCCGCACGUUGUGCCUUAUCGCCAGAUCAGCAACUGCAAUAAGGUGUAUUCAUCGAAGCCGCCACCACAAUAUGCAAUGACAUUUCUUUUUCACUUUCGUUUUGCUUUAUUUUUAUUAGUUGAAAUUUUUAUAAUAAGAGAUCUUAGAAAUAAUGGAAAAAGAAGAGACUAAUAUAAAUAGUAUAAUUUGAAUAAAUUAAAGCGAAAAUCCAACGGAUAAUUUGUUUUCACGAUUAAUUUAUGAUUAUCGAAGAAAAAAAAUAAAUGGCUGUUUAAAAACUUGUAAAAUUUCGAUACGAACGAUAAUUUUGCAAGAAUAAAAAAUAGAUCACCCGUUUUAUUCGCGACAUCGCUUGUAUCAUGCUUGGAUAUUACGUUACGCAAACAAAUGUCGAUGUUUGCACGCUUAACACGAAAUAAUAUACUUUUAAUUUUAACGUCGUAUAAAAUUAUAUCUUUUAUUUAAUCUUUUAUUAGAUUUUUCAUUAUCGAUCUGAAUGAUUAAUCUGAAAAAGAGCAUUGUUUUAUUAAUUUCGAAAAUUCAGAGACAAUCGAUGGAAACAAGAUCCCUUGGGAUCAAAGAGCAAAAUAAAAAUAUAACUGUCCGUAUCGGAAUCGAAAAUCGUCUUGUAUUUGGUGGAACAGUGUCGGGCUUAGUAUCGCAGUGGGUGGUCGCGUAUUUAUACAUUACCUUUUUCGAUCUGCUAGUUCGUUUCGCUCUCUCUUUCUCCCUUUUAUUUAAUUUUCUCUAUCUGUUAUCUCUUUCUCACUUCUACAGUUUUAUUCCUCUCUUUUUUUUCAUACGCUGGUCCUUCAUUACAUACGCGAUCCCUGUACAUGUGUAUUAAUCUUGAGCCGGUGUGGGACUAUCCAACCAACGUUUUGGCAUGCACACACGCAACAUGGGAAUGGGUGUACGAUGCCUAAUGAAGUCGCAUCGUUAUGCAGAUAUUAUGAAGACAGUUACAGCCGCCAAUCAAAUCAUAACAGUGGCAGGAGAGACACAUAUAAUCAAUUAUGCAGAUUUGCUUUAGUGGCGAUGGCCAAGAAACGAUUGCUGGUGAAGUAAUAAACUGUUGUAUUUCCGGUCCCGAUUAAUAUUGCCGAGAGUAGCAGCGAUUCCGAUCUCUAGAGAGAUCCGUAAAGAAGUCAUGUUUACGUUCGGUACACAUCGGUGGCUCUCUUCCGCUCGUCUUCAACUCUCUACCGCACCGUCGACCGCGUUCACUGCUCUUCAUGAAUCGUUCGAGUCUUCUCUACUAACACAGAAUGCAACAAGCGUAUACAAAACUUCUUAAGACCGUGUAGAAGCAAUGACGAGGAGAGAAGAUCGAGAGAGAAACUGGAGAAGAAAGAAAAGAAGAUGCUGCGGCGAUCUGUAAGCGACGGUUGUGUGCCUCGUGCGUGUCACGUAGCUCUUCUCGUGUGUGGGUAAUGUUUUUGCUCGAGGGGAAAUGGUACCGCGUGUGUGGUCCUGCGUCGUACUCCCUGCACCCCUUGUGAUGGCACAUCGCCGUAUCCUAGCAACGUAGAACGCCACGCCGAAUCAGCCAAUCACGAAUAAGUUCCGAUCACUUCGGUUGAAAUCGGCUUAUUUCGGUUCCGACGUCAUCGGUACCUGCAGUAACGUAUCGUUCUACCGCGAAAAUCAGGAUAUGCACACCGAUCUCGGCGAGUGGCGCCGUUGGAGGGGGGCCGUCAACUAUGGCCGGCGCAGAAGGCAGGCCACGAAAGAAAUGUGGCACCGCAUUUCGCUUAGUACGGACUUAGACUGCUCUAAGUGGCGGUCGUGUACGCCGGUGUCCGAUCACGACAACGACGACGACAACGACGACGUCGUCGUUUCAGAACGCGUGACAGAGAGACUACCAGACUUUAACGAGAAUUUCCAGCUGCCUCUGCUGGACUGUGGAACACUCUCGUUCUCUCACGUCGCCUACGCCUUCUUGCGUAAACCGGAUGCUCGUCAUUGCCGCGCUUAUACGAAUUCGGUAGUCGUGGCGAAUUUCUUUGAACGCAAUGUGAAUAUUCGAACGAGAUCUAACUGUGUCAAGUGACAAUGAUCGUGACAGUGACACUGAAGUGUGCGUAGUUACAUGCCACGCUAUUAUCGUGCGUAUAGAAAGACAGUGAAUUCAAUCAUCGUCAAGGCUGAAACUUAUGUGUUUAUUUUGUUCCUGUGACAUAAAAAAAAGGCACAUGUAUAGAGGAGCGUGGCUGUUUCCCGCGAAAACAUCGUAAGAUCGACGACAAUCUUCUCUCGAUUGUCGCGUGAUAUUUCAAAACAAGCAAACUCGCGUGUGCGCCCUCGUGCUUGUCGGCGAUACUGUGAAUCCCGCGAGAGGGAGAUACAGAAAGAGAGAGGGAGUACGAAAGAUCCCGCAUCCAAGUAGAAAAAGCAAAAGAGAGGGAUAGAGAAAGAGACAGAACGAAGAGACGAAUCGGUGAGGAAGGAGCAGUCACGUAUUUACUCUUCUACGGUGGUACGAAGCUAACCUAAAAACCGAUACUCGGUCCGUUUUGUGCGUAUACCAUCGAUGGGCACAAUACAGCCGCGCAUGCGCAGAAGAAAUUGUGUGUACCUCGUGCGCGAAUUUCGAUUACUGUGCUCAUCGCGUGUAUACGCUAUCGACAAAUUGCGCGGUAAACAAGAUUUACCAAUUGAACGUGUGCUGUGACAAGUGUUUCUAGAAAGAUUCGUGUAAAAAAAUUACGUGCAACCACGAUAACAAGUGUACAGAGUGAUAUCGAUAUUUUCUUUUUUCUCUUUUCUUUCGUGUUCGUGCCUUGUUCGUGCUUUUUAAAGUCCGUGUCGCGUCGUACGGUAAAACGUUACGAGUAAAACGAGAGGGGAAGAAAAAACCGAGACAAGUCAAAAAGAAACGUCACGUUGGAGGGGAGUAAUAUAAAAAUAAUCAUACUGCGAAUUGUGCCAGGGCGAAUGUAUGACGGAUCAUGGUUUCUGCGUCCGGCCCCACAGGGAUCCUAGCGGGACGCCCUUCCGGUUCUCAGUGCUUUCAAGGUUCGCAAUCAUCACAGAAUGGAAGUGUUACGAAAAAUCAUAACGAGAAGAAUAUUAAAAACGUCGAUAACGCGAAGCAACGACACGAAUCGGACCUUUAUAUCAGGCCAAGUUGGACCGAUGCAGCGAUAGCGUUGGAUCAACUCGAAAAGGGCAAAGCGGAAGGUCAAAGGUCUGCGGUGUGGAUCAGGGCAAGGCUGCAGGAUCAGCUGAGUCAGCUGGGCUACUUCCUGCAGAGGCACGCAGGCAAGGUUCUCUUUCUUGCGAUCGUCGCAUUGGCUACAUUCUGUGUCGCUCUCAAAUCCGCUCAAAUUCACAGCAAGGUCGAACAACUCUGGGUGCAAGAAGGCGGAAGGUUGCAAAAAGAGCUGAGCUACGCUUCGGAAGCAUUGGGUGAAGCAGCUGCCUCGACGCAUCAACUCGUGAUUCAGACACCCAAGGAUCCUGGAGCGAAUAUUUUGCACCCUGCCGCACUCAAGGAACAUUUAGCGAUCCUGAAGGCGGCGACGCAGGUCACCGUACGCUUAUUCGAUACCACGUGGAAGCUGAAAGACAUGUGUUACGCGCUCAACAUACCCAACUUCGACAUGCACUACAUCGACCAGAUCUUCGAUAGUAUUAUGCCGUGCGCAAUCAUUACACCCCUCGAUUGUUUCUGGGAAGGUAGUAAGCUGCUGGGACCAGAAUACCCUGUGCACAUACCCCGGACGCAGACGCACAAGCCUGUCCAAUGGACGAAUCUCAAUCCAUCGGGGAUGCUCGACGAGAUGAAGAAACUCCAGUUCAUGUUUCCCUUCAAAACUUUGGAGGACUACAUGAAGAGGGCCGGGAUAACGAACGGCUACCAAAGCAAGCCUUGCCUCGACCCAACGGACCCGGAGUGUCCGGAAACCGCGCCCAACAAAAAAUCCCAGCAGGUACCGGAUAUAGGGGCCGAAUUAACGGGUGGGUGUUACGGUUUCGCGGCGAAAUAUAUGCACUGGCCCGAGGAGUUGCUCGUCGGUGGUGCCAAGCACAAUAAGACUGGUCACUUGACCCGUGCAGCUGCGCUUCAAACCGUUGUGCAGCUGAUGGGAGAGCGAGAGCUUUACGAUUUCUUCCACCGCACGUACAAGGUACAUCAUAUCGAUUGGUCCCAGGAGAAGGCUGCCCAAGUGCUCAAGACCUGGCAACGGGCUUUCAGCAAUCAAGUGAAGAAGCAUCUGGACGCGAAUGACUCGACGCCGUACAGUUUAUACGCGUUCAGCACGACCACCAUGAACGACAUUCUUGGAAAGUAUAGCGAGGUGUGCGUCACGAAAAUCGCUAUUGGAUGCGCAUUGAUGAUAUUGUACGCAGGUAUAGUCCUUCUUCGAUGGAAGGAUCCAGUGCGUUCCCAAGCUGGGGUCGGUAUAGCCGGUGUGAUGCUAAUCUGCGCGACCGUGGCGGCAGGUUUGGGGUUCUGCGCCCUUCUGGGGAUCCCCUUCAACGCGGCAACCACUCAGAUCGUCCCGUUCCUAGCUCUGGGACUCGGUGUUCACGACAUGUUCCUACUGACGCACACGUACGCCGAGCUUUCAGUGAACGAAGUGCCUAGCGGGGAGCAGACAGGGGUAGUGUUGAAACGAACCGGCCUAUCCGUACUUCUCGCGGGAAUCAGCAACGUGUCGGCGUUCUUUGCCGCGGCUAUAAUCCCGAUCCCCGCGCUCAGAGUGUUCUGUCUGCAAGCUGGUAUACUGUUACUCUUCAAUCUGGCCGCCAUGCUGCUCGUUUUCCCGGCUAUGGUCAGUUUGGACUUGAGAAGACGCCGUUCCGGCCGUUCCGACAUACUUUGCUGCUGUUUGCCCUCGAACACGGGCAGAAACAAGUACGCCCAUCGUGCUUGCAACGGGACGGCGAAACAAACGGUGACUAGGGCGAUUCCACCCGAGCGUCGCGAGACUUGCACGCAAAUUUUGACGUCGCAAAACGUGCAGAACGAGGCCUGGGUUGGAGGAAACAUCGAGGUGGAUUUGGACAAACAGUGCAGCGAGGAGGACACCCUGACUGGGUGCAGCCAGGACGAUUGCCUCAGCUUCUCCCUGACGCAACUGGCUGCAAGGCACUACGCCCCGUUCGUUACCAGACCGGCGACCAAAGUGUUUGGAAUGAUGAUUUUAGUCGCAGUGCUGGUUGGCAGUGUUUGGCAAGCUAUAAGGGUAAACGAUGGCCUAGAGUUAACGGAUCUGGUUCCACGUAACUCCAAUGAACACGCUUUCCUAGCUGCCCAAGCGAAGUAUUUUGGAUUCUACAACAUGUACGCUGUUACUCAGAGGGAAUUUGAGUAUCCUAAUAAUCAAAGGUUGCUGUACGAGUAUCAUGAUGCCUUUAUGAGGAUAAAGAACGUGAUCAAGAACGAUAACGGUGGUCUGCCCGAGUUCUGGUUGAGUUUGUUCAGAGACUGGUUGAAGGGAUUGCAAAGCGCGUUCGACAAGGAUUACAGCAAUGGUUGUAUCACCCAGGAAAGAUGGUACAAGAAUGCGAGUGACGAUGCAAUUCUGGCGUAUAAAUUGUUGGUACAAACCGGUCAUGUAGACAAUCCUAUAGACAAGUCGUUAGUCACUCAAGUCAGGCUAGUCGAUUCUGAGGGAAUUAUCAAUCCACGUGCCUUUUAUAAUUAUCUAAGCGCAUGGGUAUCGAACGACGUUUUGGCAUAUGGUGCUUCCCAGGCGAAUUUAAGGCCUGAGCCCAGACAAUGGAUUUAUACCAACGAUCACGAGUUGAAAAUUCCAAAGAGCAUGCCUUUGACUUAUGCACAAAUGCCGUUCUAUCUGCAUAAACUUACGGAUACACAGGAAAUCACUGAAUUGAUCAGUAGUGUGAGAAAAUUGUGCAAAAAAUUCGAGGAACGAGGCCUACCGAAUUUUCCUUCUGGUAUACCAUUCCUUUUUUGGGAACAGUACAUGGAUUUAAGAAAUUGUUUGGGCAUUGCACUAUUGGCUGCUUUAACCGCCAGCGUUGUUGUUGUUGGAAUAUUGUUGCUGAAUUUUUGGGCAGCUUUGUUAGUUGGUUCUUCUCUUGCUGCUGUGGUUCUACAACUCCUUGGAAUUAUGGGUCUUUGCGACAUAAAAUUGAGCGCUGUUCCUGCUGUCCUGUUGGUUGUUAGCGUUGGAAUUGCCGUACACUUUACAGUACAUAUUUGUCUGAGUUUUGUCACGAGCAUUGGAAGCAGGGACAGAAGAGUCCGUUUAGCUCUGGAACACAUGUCCGCACCUGUAAUUCACGGGGCAUUGACAAUUUUAUUGGCAGUCGUGAUGUUGGCCUUUUCCGAGUUCGAUUUCAUCAUCGUUCGAUAUUUUUUCUUAGUGUUAUUGUGCCUUAUUGGGAUCGGUUUAGUGAAUGGAUUAUUCUUUUUCCCUAUCUUGUUGUCUUUCAUUGGACCAUCUCCAGAAGUGAUACCCAAUGAUCAUCCGGAUCGUAUUUCCACGCCGACUCCACCUGCCUCGCCAAUCGUCAGAAGAUCAAAGCCGCCUGCGCCUCCCAGAAGAUCGUACAAAAUUGAUAACGCCAGGUUACACGCUGAACCUUCUCUCACAACUAUUACCGAGGAACCAAAUUCAUGGCACAGUACCCAAGAAUCUUGUAUUAUUGUUCAGCCAGAAUUGAAAGUUGAAACGACGUCAACUUGUGGUAAUCAGAAUUGUAGCGGAUCAGAUACAAGUGGAUCUAGUCGAAUGUCACCAGUGACAUCAACAUCUCACAUCACAACUAAGGUCACUGCGACGGCUAAUAUAAAAGUUGAAGUUCAUACACCGCUAACUAUAGGUACAGUGGAUCGUAGCGAAAAAUGCAGGCACACGACUUCCAGUAGCCGAAGGAGCUCGCGCUGCAGUGCGAACGUUAAUGGUGGGGAGUCUUCCGGUUCCGGUUCUGAACCGGAUUCAGACUCUAAUCCAAAUAAACACUAAUAAUAAGUACCGGGACGACCGGCAGCUACUGCUCAAAUACCAUGCAAAGCGGGAACAUACAGAAGGCUGACUAGGAUAGAUUUAUAGUUCUUUUUCUUCUAUCUCUUUUAGUAGAACGUAUAAUGAUGUGCGGGUACCCAAAAUUUAAAUAAUAAUGGCUCUAUUCGAGAUAGGUUCGCGUAAAGUUUCUACAUAAACAUGGUAUGUAUCAACUUUCUCAAUCGUUCGUAAAUUAAAUAACACGAAAGAAUUUCCUCAUUGUUUUAAUUUUAAGAAAAUACUGCGGACAAAUUUCGAACAACGUGAAAAGCCAAUAAUUAAAGUUUACCAGGUACUCUCACAUCGUUAAUAACACAACGUGCUUAUCUUCUUCGAAAAAAACAAAAGUAUUAUAACUCAGAAGUACUGAAUCGAUACGCACAGUGAUACGUGUAUAUAAAUGUUCUCAAAGAUGCAUUUAUAUUUGUAUCAUACAUUCAAUGCGGGCCAUAUGUACGAAUGUUUGUCACUUUAUUUUAACGUAUUGAAUGUUUGAUAAUUUAUUGAAUUAAAAUAAAACAAUAUUUUUAAUAAAUCGACCACGUCAAAGAAAAUGCUUUACUACGCUCUGUGGUAUACGACAGUUUCCGUGAAACUAUAAGGAUAUUAUUUUACUAGAAAAAUUUUAAUGUCUGUUCCAUAAUUAUUAAUAAUAUAACGACGAUUAAAAAAAAAAAGAAAGCAAGAUUUUGAAUAUCUAUAAAACUUUUUCUAAUAAUUUCUUCUAAACUGUUAUAACAAAUAUAAUAUUUUUGGAAAUGUUUAUUCAUCAGAAAUACAUAUCAGAAUAUUGUCUUUUUUAGAAGAUACGACUAGUAUUAUACGCAUAAUAUGUAGUUUGAGAUUUUUACGGACAAUGAAACAUAACUUUCUUUCAAAUAAAUAAAUUAAACAAUUAUCAAAUCGUUUGUACCUUUUUGGAUAUAUAGAUGUCCGAAAAUUUACAGAUUACGUUUAUGUAAUAAUGUUAAGUAUAACUUCUAAUUUAGAAGUAAUUACGAUGAGAUGUAGCUCUUUUGCGGCGUUUUUUGCAACGACUACAAUGUGGUGCCUUGAAAAAGAUUAUAAAAUUUCGAAUAACUAUUUAUUUUGUACGCUAACAUUUAUAUAGUGCAGUGUGUAUAUGACUUCGAGCGAUAUUAAAUCUAAAAUCUAUUUAUUAUUUAUUUUUACGUCCUCACUUUGAUAUCACGACUAUUUAAAGCGAUUCGUUUUGUACAAUGUUUAUUUCGUAUGAUAAUUUGUAAAAAUACUUCAUUAUUUAUGUCGCCCUAUAUAUUUUUAUAUAAAAUCGUUACUUAAUUUAAUAAAAUAAGUCAAUUUAUCCGAUUCGUACCUCUAAUGUAAAAAAGUGUAAUAUAUUAUUCCACAGCUUAUGUUUAUGUUAGGUAUUACAGAAUUAUGUACAAUAAAAGAAGUAUUUUUAUGUGAAGUCAUCUUGUAAACAUACAGAAUACAAAUAAGGUAUUUAAUGAAAAAGAUGUUUUAUUGUAGAUGUAGAAUCUUUACUGUGCAUAAAACAUUUUCAUUAAAAAAAAAAAAAAGAAAAAAAAAAGAAAAAAAAGAAAAAAAAAGUCAAUA